AUGGGUCAUUUGUUCGCUGAUGUUCCCGACGAACACGUUGAAUACUGCUAUGAUAUUGCUAUGAUGAAAAAAGCUGGAUUCAAUUACAAACGAAUCGGUGGAGAUUUGCAUAGAAGAGUGUUGCUGAACAAGAAAUUUGUGGCGAAAAUUGAAAAAGUAUCGGAUCAAUAUUUGACCGAUCAUUAUGCUCAAAAAGCUGAAGAAGAGAGAAAGGUGAGUUUUUAUAAUGGAAUUGCGAACAACAUUGAUAAUUUUUCAUAAUCAAAUAAAUAUUAUCAAUCAAAUAAUUUUCCAGAAUCGUGAAACCACGGAAGCUGCUCGGAGAUUGGAAAUGGAGCGAAAAGCUUCGGAAGAAAGAGCUGAAGCUGUUCGAAUAUUGGAGUUGGAGAAAAGAGCCUUGGAGGAAAAAGCUAUUGAAAAAUAUAGAAAAAGUCGACGUAAUAAACGAAAAUCGAUGCCGAAGAAACAUCAACUUCCCGCCAAAAAACAAAAAUAG